AUGACUUUCCUCAUGGCAAACGAGAUCGCCGGUGGACAUCAUCCGCAGCAAGAUACUGGUGGCUCUUCCCAGAAGCCCGGUGAAAUAUGGUCUUUGUCAACCGAGUUUAUGAGUGAUCAGGGAGAGUACCUUUUAGAAAUGGUUGACUUGGAACACCAACAAUUGUCAAAUUACUAUAACAUCCAUGGGCCUCUCGUCCUUGGAGUGCAGCCCCUAGCUCUGGGAUCACAUUUGCGCGAUCUCGAAAGAUUUGCAAGCCACCCAAAUGGUCGUUUCCGAGUAUUGCCCGACUGGUGGCAUUCCAAGGUCUCCUAUGCACUUCUCUAAAGAGAAUUUAACCUGAGCGCUCAGUUGAGCGAUUGCCCUAUCAUUCCUCUGCGAGAUGGGUCGUGGGGUACACCUUCCAUAUUGGACUAAUUGUCAAACCUACUCACAUCCCACCACCCAGCAGCCCUAGUCUGUAAUACUCCACCUAGCUAGUCUUCAUAACAAUCAAAG